AUGCACAGUUUCUUCCUGACGCCGAGCUACGUCGUCCUCUGCAUCCCCGUCGCGCACUUUGGGCUGGCCGGGCUCAAGGUGCCGUGGAACCGGAACCUUCUCGACUCGAUCGAGGCGUUUGACGCGACGCAGCGUUGCAAGUGGCUCGUCGUCGACCGCCGGGGGAAGAGGGGGCUCGUCGCCAGCUUUGACACGCCCGCCGCCUUUUUUUUCCACUCGGUCAAUUCCUUUGAGGAGACGUCACCGGAUGGGUCCGGCGUGGACCUCUUCUGCGAUGUCGUCGAGUACCCGAAUCAAGACGUCAUCCGGAGCUUCAACUACGACGUGCUGCUCGACAGGAACGACGCCGCCAAGAGGUUCUGGGGCGAAAAGAACAGGCUGCAGACGCUCCACCCGCGGCUCGCCCGGUACCGUCUCGGCGUGCCGCUCACGUCGGGCAGGAAGCGGGGCCAACGGACACGGAGACGAGGGGCGCGCUGCUCUGGGGGUGUCCGCGGGGGCACACACCAGGCGAGACCAUCUUUGUGCCGCGCCCGUGCGCGGGGCAGGUGGCGGACGAGACGACGCGUGCUGUGA